AUGCUUAUGUCAUUCGCAAGCACCUACCUAGCUUGGGAAUUAGGUUAUGAAACUUGGACACGUAAAGAUGGUGUUAUGCCAGCUCUUACUAUUAUGAAGCAUUCUGUAAAUGAUGAUAUAAUGAUUAAAUGGACAGAUUAUGUAUAUACAAUAUCUGUUGUUCACUUCAAACGUGUUGCAUUAACAAAAAUUGAAUAUGCUUUAUUGGUAGCUAUUAUCCUUACUAAAGCAGAUGCUGCUGACCUGUCUCCAGAUGGAAAAGAAUUACUUUAUAACGAAUUUAAUAAAUAUACAAAAAUUUUACUUCAAUAUAAUCAACGAAGAUUAGGUUUACCUGAAGGGGCUCAAAGAUUGGCUGAAUGUAGUCGACUAAUUAAUCGAAGUAUUGAAAAUGAAUAUACUUUUCGUUCAAUUCUCUCUCAUCAAAUUAAAUAUUUUUCAAUGGGUGCAACUUACUAUAAAUGUUCAAAUUUUUUUGAAAAUUACUUGAAUAAAAGUUGA